UGAUGCCGUAAACGUAAAGAAUUGCCGUCCUUUUGAAGCGGCAUUUGGUUUUGAAAACAAAAACUCUUUUAUAAGCAGUGAAUUUACCGCCUAAAUUUUUCUCCUCGCAAUUAGUGCUGUGUUUUUCUUGUUCAGAUAGUAACUGUUCAACUGUUCGAACAAUUUUUUAAUUGCAAAACAUGCAGAAUCAGUUGCAGCAGAUGCCGGUGCAACCACCAAAAAUGCCAGCUUCUUCAAGUCGCAUACUCUACGACAUGCCGUGCAAGGUAUGCCGCGAUCAUUCUUCCGGAAAACAUUACGGAAUUUUCGCUUGCGACGGAUGCGCUGGUUUUUUUAAGAGAUCGAUCAGAAGAAACCGCCAAUACGUGUGCAAAGCUAAAUCCGAAGGUGGUUGCAUAAUGGACAAAACACACCGAAAUCAAUGUCGAGCCUGCAGAUUGGCAAAGUGUAUUCAGGCUGGUAUGAACAAAGACGCUGUGCAGCACGAGCGAGGACCGCGGAAUUCGACAAUUCGCAGACAGAUGGCUUUGUACUUUAAGGAACCCGAAAUGAUGGCCAACGUGGUGGCACCGCCACCUGCGGCCUUAGAUCUUGCUCUGCCCAAAACACCGAGCGAAACCCGUGUUUCCAUACCAUUGUCGCCACCAUCCCAAUCACUGCUAUCACAUGCCAUUUACAGCAACGCGCUGACGAUGACGAAGCAUCUGCCAAUAAAUGUGCCGCUCACAUCUCCAUUGAUGGUGGUCGACAGUAUAUGCGAACAGGCGGCAAGAUUGCUCUUCUUUAACGUAGAUUGGGCAACGGAGCUAAUUGCAACCUCGAAUCUGAUCAUGGAGGAUCAACUUACGUUGUUAGAGUCCUCUUGGCGUGAUAUUUUUCUCCUCACCGCGGCUCAAAUGCUACCUUCUUUGAACCCAACUCCAUUGGUCCCGCCUGGUCCGCAAGGAGUCACACUGACGAUCGAAGUGACCAAAUUCUGCGAGAUUUUAACUGGCUUCAGUGCGAUGAAUUUGGAUCAUCACGAAUUUAGCUGUUACAGAGCGCUAGUGCUCUUUCAAGCUGGUCUGGACUAUGGCGAGAGAAGCAACGGAGGCAGCGGCUCCAGUUCGCUCAGUCCCAGAAUUCAAUUCCGGGACGCGAGUUCCGUCGAGAAACUGAGAGAAUUGAGGGACAGAGCGCACAUAGCUCUGGGACAGCGACUUAACAUGAACUCAAUGUCGACCGGCACCUUGCGAUUCGGCAGGUUGCUGUUCAUGUUGCCAAUGUUGCGUUCCGUAUCGGCGCAAGCCAUUCAGGAGCUAUUCUUCAAGAGAACAAUCGGCGAGAUUCCGAUUGAGAGGAUAAUUCGUGACAUGUAUGUGCAGCAGCAACGCGAAAAGAAUCGUUCUUGA